CAUUUUAUUUCGAAUCUGGCGCGAACCGGCGAGACAGUUCCUGAAUCAGUCACGUGGUACGGACUGCCCGCGAGGCCUCGAACGUCACUGCAUACGUAAUCAAAGCGAGCCUCGAUACGUGCUUCACAAAAACUCCCCUGACACACGCUUCGACGCACAGGACACAUCACUAUCCUACAGGACUUUGGCGCGUGAUGUCACGCGGGUGGGCGUAGAAAGGCUUUUGGGCUGAUGCGCCAUAUUUCGGGGCUCAAACGAAAGAGGACCGAAAGCGCACACAUCAGCCAUGGUUCGUAACUGCUGUGUGAUCGGCUGUAGUGUUCGAUCGCACGACCGGCAAGGGAAUAAGCUUGGGAAUGGUUUAUCUUUUCAUUCUUUCCCCACCUGGAAGCAACAUGAGGGAGCUCAUAUAGCGGAACUUACCAAAAGAAGGCGUCUAGCCUGGAUAGCAGCCGUGGGACGAGUUGAUCUCCAGUUCUCUUCCAUCUCCAAAUAUCUGUUGGUGUGCUCCCGACAUUUUCACUCCGGGAAGCCUGCCUAUGAAAUGGAUCAAACAAAUCCAGACUGGGUACCAACGCUACACAUGAACUCCGAAAAAAGACGACGAACGCAAGGACAACAACAAAGAGCACUAGUCGGAGGCAGAAAGGCAGAGAAGGCAUCUGCAGAGGAGAUAAGAAGAAAAAUGAGACUGGAUGUGUUCAACAGAAGACAGACAGCAAAGCUAAAACGGAUAACACAAAUCAAGCUAUCUGCAGAAGACAUCCCUCCAAGGGACCCAGCAGCCAAGGAUGCAGGACCAACAACCCUUGAUGGUCCUGCAGCCAAGGAUGCAGGACCAACAACCCUUGAUGGUCCUGCAGCCAAGGAUGCAGGACCAACAACCCUUGAUGGUCGAAGACGGCUUAUUAAAGGUGCUGUCCCGACACUUUUUCAGUGGAAUAAUUAUAAAGUUGAACCACCGCGGAGUAGUGUUUGGGAGAGAACGGAGCGAUCCCCUGAACUAGUUCAUCCUGGGGAUCAAGGUCAGCACAGUGUUACAACAGAUCAUGACUACUGCUCAUUUCCUGAGCCGUCAGCAGAAGACCUGUCCAAAGACCUGGAGAGUCUGAAGAAGGAAAUACAGGAGUUACGUGUCCAGCGAGAGUUUGGGUUACAGCGGUUUGCUGGCUCCGACACUGACAUCCAAUUCUAUACCAGAUUUCCAAGCUAUAAUCAUUUGAUGGCAUUCUGGGUUUUGAUUGAGCCUUGCAUCUAUGAAAUGAUCCAGGCUUCAGGAGCCAAGUCAGCUGCCAACACGGACGAAGAAGUGUUGACACCUGCACGCACACAAACGAGGCAGCUGCUCCAGCCAAUCGACGAGUUCUUUCUUUUCCUGGUUUUCCUGUCUGUUGGUUUGAAGGAGAGGGACCUGGCUCAUCAAUUCAACAUACACCAGUCCACAGUGAGCCGCAUCAUUGCAACAUGGACAAGUUUUCUUGCCACUGCACUGGGGUCUCAGUGCAUCUGGCUUACACGUGCAGAAGUGCAAGCUUACCUCCCUAAGGAAUUCAAAGAUUUCUCAGACACCCAGGUGAUCCUUGACUGUACAGAGCUGAGGUGUCAGACACCAUCCUCACCACUUCUCCAGAGUGAAACGUACUCUUCAUACAAAUCCCACUGCACGAUGAAAGCCCUGGUUGGCAUAGCUCCACAUGGUCCAGUCACAUUCAUCUCUGAUCUGUACGCAGGUUCGGUUAGUGACAACAAACUAUUCAAACAGUCAGGCAUUGCUGAGAAGUUGACUGAAGACAUGGCAGUGAUGGUAGAUAAGGGCUUCCUGAUCACAGAUUGUUGUAAAUGCAAAGUGUACCGCCCACCUUUUCUAUCCAAGCAGAAGAAGAACCAGGUUAAGGAGACACAGGCCACAGUCAGACUCAGGAUACAUGUGGAGCGAGUCAUUAGGAGGAUCAAACAGAACAAACUUUUUGAUGGCAUCAUCACCAUGUCACCUGUUUACAAUAUCAGCCAACUGUUUGCAGUAGCAUGUAUGCUGUCAAAUUACCAGAACACAGCAUUAGUUAAAAAACAGGUUAAGUGAGACGAGAUGGACUUUUCCCAAGACACCAGUGCCAGUAACUUGUGCUAGGCAUGGAGCUUUAAAUACUUACUAUGUAAAUAAGUUCUGCAAACAUUCAAUGUUAUAAUGUUUUUGAUACCAUUGCUAAAAUAAGAGUUUUCUGGUUUCACACAACAGUAAAAUAUUUUUUUAAAAAUUCAUGAAAAGUUUUGCAAAUAAAAUAUCACUUUGUUCAAUCCA